AAAAAAGCCCAGACCACUGCGAAAAGGAGAAGAUCGGAUCGGAUUAACUCUGACCCAGCCAGUUGAGGCCACAUGACUCGCCGCCUCUCGAGAUGAUGUACGUCAUCACCACGCGGACUUCCCAGGGUUUCGUCAUCGUCGCCAAGCUUCCGGUUCUCCUUUACCUAUACAUAUCACGACUUCGACGCGCUCAGGUAGGCUAUCUUUGCGGGCAUUUCUCAUCAUCAUUUGGCUCAAUAUCUCGGCAGUUUCUCAGGAACACGCAUCCGAUCUCCUUCCACUCACGCCAUAUUCUCACCAUUCUCCCAAGCUCCCAGCCUCCCACCAUGUCGCAACACGAACUCUCUGAGCAGGCCGUUGAAGCCAAGAACCAGCAACAGCCCGUCCAGCCGGUGCAAGCCAACCAGCCCGCGGCCCACCAGGCUAUGGAUCCCCAGCGCCCGCAUCCCAAUACCGAAGUCAAUAUGCGUGGUGGUGAUCGAGGUGGAUGCUGUCCCGGACGAUUCUGUUUCUGCAUUCCUUGUCCACUCCCCUGCGACUGCUGUAUUAUCCCGCUCUAAACAGAUAGCACUCAUUUGGGGAAGAUUUGGUUGUCGUUUUGAGACGAGUUUGCACAGGAUACCACUAAGCAUUGUUUUAUGUUAGAAGAAUAUCAAGCUAUUUCCUUCGA